AAGAGCGGUUAACAUAGAUAUCAUGAUGAAGCAGCUAAUGGACAUCAAGCAUUGCGGUGAAGGGUCACCAUUCGGUAUAGCAGCAACUGUUUGUGAAAGCUUAUAUGAAUACGAACUUGUUCCACCUUUGGCCAGAAAAAUGAACGCAGAAACCAGAAAACGUUUUCGUGACUUUGACCAAUUAAGAGGGAAAAAUGCAGAAGCUGGCAUGUUUUGGGAUGUGGUGGUUAUUACUGCGGCAGAUUCAAAACAAAAAGAGGUUUAUGAGAUUCAAAUAUCUUCAAAGCUUAAAGUGAAUGAACUACCUACAUCAGCUGACUACCUGGUGGUUGCUGACCCACCUGGAUAUAAGAUAGGAAAUGGUGGCUCUACCAUGGUGGUGUUGGAAUUUCUGCAUAAAAAAUAUGGUCAAGCGUUUUCUGGGAAAAAGUGUAUCAUUAUCCACGCAGGGGGAUAUAGUCAAAGGUUGCUAAUUGCCAGUGCAUUAGGCAAAGUUUUUACAUCCGUUCCAUUAAAUGAACCACUCUACCAAACGUUGGAGUUAAAGUUGGCAUCUUAUAUUGAUUUUCCAAAGAAAAUUAAGACUGGUGGAGUAUUUGUGUGUUGCUCAGAUACUUUUGAAACUUACACUGACUGUAACAAGCAUUGGGAUUUUGCUGCGUCAGGCAUGACAGGACUUGCCCAUCCUUCCAGCAUAACCAUUGGAACAACACAUGGUGUAUAUUUACUUGACCACGAUGCACCGGUGACCAGCCUCAUUCGAAGCUGCAAGAAAUUCCUUCACAAACCAUCUGCCGAGCGCAUGCGUGCCACACCUGGCUGUGUUCUAACCACUGCUUCUUCUGAGAUAGUUCUAACAGACAGUGCUUUCUUUAUGGCUCCCGAUGUUUGCAAUAAGUUGAGACUAUUCUACAAUUCACACAAACCAUUGACAUGUGAGAUUGAUGCUUAUGGUGAUUUUAUGCAGGCACUUGGUUCAGAGUCAGACAACCAGUAUAUUACCAAUUCUGCAAACGUUGUGUGCGAGACAGACUCCUUGGUAGCACUGAGACAGAAAGUGUACGAACUUUUGAGCAACACCUCAUUACAGGUGGUUUGUCUAGCGUGUGUCCAUUCAGACAAGAAUACUGAGAAUGUGACAUCUCAUUUUUACCACUUCGGAACAACUGUAGAAUACAUGGAAACUCUUACAAAAGAUACAACCUUUCUUAAUCUGGUAGGCUCAGAUGGCUUGGCUUAUUCAGCUGGUGUCCCUUAUUCAUCUGUACCUGAUCUGAGCACCCCGAUGCUUGAAAGUGACACGCCACAAGACACAACACCAAAUGUACAUGGUUUAAUGGGCACCAUACAACAAAAAGUGAAGCGGUGUAUGUAUUCAAUUGCUGCAACAGUAAUGUAUAGCACUGUCACCAUUGGUGAUGGAACUGUGAUUGAAUAUUGCAAGCUGAAAGAAAACGUUUCUAUUGGUUCAAAUUGUGUCCUAAGUAACUGCAUGCUCAAACCAAACACUAAGUUGCCGUAUGGAAUGUUACUUCAUACACUUGCUAUAAGCACAGCUGAUAAAGAAGGUUCAUGUGGCAGAGUUCAAUAUGUCACAGUUGUGUUCUCUGUUUACGAUAACAUGAAAAGCUUUGUUGCUGUUUCUGAUGCAGCUAAUUUGACGUACUUGAAGAAACCAUUAAAACAUUGGUUUCAAAACCCAGAGUUAGCUUUUUCUGGAGUUAAGGCAAGUAAAGCUAGUCUAUGGUAUGCAAAGCUGUUUCCGGUGUGCAAUACUAUUGAAGAAUCCUCUCAAAAGUCCAUCAAUAUGAUCAUGCAGUUAAAAAGGAACUCUAAGAUUGGAGUAAAGACCUCUCUGUCGGAGGGACUUCUUUCAAUGGAUGAUGCAUUAAAAGUGAAAAAUGUAACUGCCAUGUUGUCCUUUCGACUGCAGUUACUAAAAGAAAUCCAGCAUACCCGAUCUAAUAACAGCAUCGCUUCAUCAUUUCAAGGUUGGACAAAUACUUACCCUACUAUGCUGCAGAACCGCACCCCACUAAUGUAAAACACAUUGGGGUAAUUUGCCAACUUCAGCACCAAUUCCAGUCUUUAGGUCUGAUGCUGCCUGGGACAAAAUAACAUAUAUUUAUAUGUUUAAAAAUUACGGCGAAGAUCAUAACAUUUAAAAAUGGAAGAGCAGGGAAUCAACAGCAAAUUGUUAAGACACGAUAUGGGAAAAUAGAUUGUAAAUACCAUGUAUACAAAAUGUUCCGAGUGCAAAUGUUCACUGUAACAUAAACUUAUGUUAUUGUGCAAUAUUAACCAAUCAGAAACACGUGUUCCGUAAUCAGAAACACGUUUUGAUCUUCAUACAAGAGUGAAACACUCUUUAAGUAAAGUAAUUAUUGUUACUUGUUAUUAAUAUUAUAUUAUACACUUCUUUUAUAGAUGUAACAGUUUAAUUAUGAUUUAUAAAAGGUAUACAACAUUUAUAAUCACCUGAAUAUGUGUUAGAAUACUGUGGGACAGCAUAGAAUACGUUACCACCUAUUUCCCAUUUCCUUGAGUAUUAACAAUUAUCAAUGCUCUUAAAGUCCCAGGGUUCUAUAGUUUUUUAAAUAUUCCUUGUUUAAUGCAAAAUGUAGUAAAAACAAUUAAUGUUUCAUCUUACCCCAAACUAUUUUAUGUUAUUUUCACAAUUGCAAGUAGUCUGGGGUAAAAUGGGAGAUUUUUUUGAUUCUUGUUUUCUUCCAUUUGGUAGUAACCAAAAAUAUAUACAGAAUUGUAGAAGGAUGGGAGAAGAUGGGACACCGUGGCACAUAAUAUCCCUAAAAAUGUUCUUUGUUUACAAAACAGAAUGAAAGUGUCUCAUCUCCCCUCACCCUACUAUACUAUAAAAAAACUUUGGUAAUUGAACUUUGUUAAUUGUUAAAACACUAUCUAGAAAUGUAAUUUAGUUAGCUAACAAUAUUCCAUCUUUCAGCAAAGUACUAUAUCAAAAAGUAUGUUUAUAUUCG